GUCAAUCCGGGGAACCGAACAAAAACAAAAAACAGCGGGCACAAAAACACGUACUUUUCUGAUAAAAAUUGGCGGCCAUUAAGAUAAGAAUUUUAUUUGGGUGAGCCUGAAGGAAACGCGGAAGCAAAAAUGUGGUGCAUGCCCAUGACGGACACCCGAAUAGAUGUGAUAACUCAGGCAUGGAACAUCCUCACGGAUGCUCCCAAAGGCAGAGUAGAGAAAUCGCGACUAGUGAAGCAGGUGCUGAACAUUUUCAGCGAAGAACUGAAUAUUUCGGAUAUCGAGAAUCAACUGUCGGUCGCCAAAGCGGAGGGUUUGCUGCAAGAAAGCAGCACGCCGACACGUCGUAGCAGCAACAAUUCGAGGCCAUCCUUCACACACUGGUAUACGCUUCCGGCAUGGAAAGAGUACACAUUUUUUGCCGAUCUGCACGAUCGAUGGUGCUACGAAUGUCACACGUCCAAGCAGGAGAAUAUGGUUAAGUGCUGUACCUGUUUGCGCAGCUUCCACACCCAAUGCGUGAAAUCGUUCCUCGAGAAACAACUCGAACUGGAACGCUUCGUUUCGGAUAAACGUAUUACCUUUUCAUCGUACGGUGCGACCGGCAGCCGCUCCGCUAGCCGUCAGUCAGACCAAUCGCCCGUCACAACGGUAACGACUGAACAUGAAAGCACCACUUCCACGAUGGACGGUUCCGAGUCGCCUACGGUGGAACCGAACGUGGACGUGAGUGUGGCAGAACACGAGAACACGGAAGAUGGAGAGAAAUUCCGGAGCACAUCUGACCCAUCACUACCGGCAAACAGUGUCAAGCAGGAGGAUUCCAUCGAAACCAUCCCAAUUUUGCUCGCCGAUGGAGCACAGUUUGUAGGCGUUGUACGAUCGCCUGAUCGGCUGUUGAGCCAGCGUCUCAACCAGCCACCCGUAAAGCCAGAAGAUGAUGGUCCGCUGGAUCUGCAGGAUAAUGAGGAUAUGAUGACGAUAAGCUGCUUCCCCUGUCGGCUGCUGCAGAACCCGUCGAAACUGAAGACUUCCAAGAAGGAGCUAAAUUAUCUGUUGAAUUUCAUAGUGAAAUCUCAUGAAUCAUGGCUUCCUGGCGAUACUUUCUCAAAAAAUAUGUUGGCGAAAUCGCGCAAACCACCACUAAAUGAAACCACGAUCGAGAUCUGCAAAAAGAUGAUUCUGCGCCUCCCCAAAACAAUGGCCAACAUUCACGAGUCAGUUGCGCAAGAACACUACACAACGAUCGAACAGUUUCUGGUUGAUCUACGGGAUAUCGUCCACAAUGUGGGCAUCAUCUAUGGGGCAUUAUCGGUGGAGUACGAUGCAGCGCUGUAUCUGCUUGCCAAUUGCCAGUACGAUAGCGAAGAGCUUCGUCGAUGUACGGACUGUUUCCGGCAUUCGAAUGAGAAAAUUGAACCGCACUGGUUUGCGCGACCUUGCACCUACCGGCACGAGGUGGUGUUUGCCAAGCAGAAGAGCUUCCAGUACUGGCCGGCAAAGGUUCUGCUGGUUACGAACGACAAGUACGACGUGCGCUUCUUCGGGAACCCGCACUCGCGGGCCCUGCUGCAAUCCCAGUUCGUGAAACCGAUCGACUCGGAUCAAGCGAUGCUCAAGAUUAAUCCGAAGCGUCCCGGGUUCAAGCAAGCGAUGCAAGAGCUUCAUAUGUACCUGGCGCUACAGGAUGGGCCGAGACAAAGCUUUGCAUUUGGGAACACGUCUUCCCAUAUUGCUGCGACCGAAACCGGACCUCCUGCAAUUGCAUCACCAUUAGUUCCAGUUGGGCCGGUUCGUAGCGGCCCAGCCAGAGGAAGGCCCCCGAAACGACGGCCAAGUUCAGCCGUAGCCAAUAACCUGCGGGCAGCGAAGAAGACGACCAAUGGCCCGCUAAUGCAGGUCAACGAUACCAACGUACCCAUAGUCGCCAACAUAUUUGAUGAAACGGCGCAUACACGAAACCAAACCACGUUCGUGAAUAAUAACAACAUCACGGAUACGGGCACACCAUCGUCCCUCGGUAGCAGCGCACCAAUUCGUUUGCCCCGAACGAAGCAAAACCUCAGAAUGCAGCAGCGCAAUACCGAUUGGGUAAAAGAGAAACUUGAUCAAGCUCGUGAUCUAGAAACUGCCAAAAAUGUGGCCAUACAAUUUAUCACCGAUAUGAGAUCGAAUAUGAUUGAGAGGGAUCAACAGCUACGGGCGGAGAUUGAAGAGCUCAAGAAACGUUGCGCGGAAGCGAAAAGAAAACGAUGGUGUAGCGCAUGUGAAAAAGAGGCCUUGCUGGAAUGCUGUUGGAACACGGCCUACUGCUCGCAGGAUUGCAGACACAAGCACUGGGCCGAACAUCGCAGUACGCACAUUCAGCAGGCUACGACGCGAGUGCGUCAGCAGGCCUCAAAGUGAAUCUUCUUUUUGUUCCUCCUUUAUGUGAUUUUUUUCCUCAUAUUUCUCACACAUCACACUCGGAAACCAAUGUGGUCGAUGGACCUCCCCCUCUCCCUUUUGUGAAGUCACACUAGUUUUAAGAAAUAAUUCGUUUCGGAAUAGUUAGAGUGGAUUUUUUUAGUUGAAUGUAAUGUGCUGGUAAUUGAAUUACGUCCAAAUACACAAGCG